AUGGAUCAAAAAAAUGUUGAUUACUCUCUUUACCUUGUGACAGAUUCUACACCUACUAUACUUGGUGAUAGAAUUCUUGUUGAUGUGGUGGAUGCUGCAGUCCGUGGUGGUGUCACGAUUGUGCAAUAUCGAGACAAAUACAGCGAUACAGCGGCCCUGGUUGAUACUGCGAGGAAGUUACAUGCUGUCACACAAAAGUACAAUGUUCCACUUUUGAUCAAUGAUCGAAUCGAUGUUGCUCUUGCAGUUGCCUGUGAAGGUGUCCACAUUGGUCAGGAUGAUAUGGAUCUGAAGACGGCAAGAGCACUGUUGGGCAAGGAUGCAAUUAUCGGAGUAACAGUGGCCAAUGUCCAAGAAGCUUUGACAGCAUCUAAAGAUGGUGCAGAUUAUCUAGGAAUUGGCACAAUGUUUGCCACACCAACGAAAACCAACACCAAGGAUAUUAUUGGAACCGCAGGCACGAAGGAAGUUCUGCAUUCUUUGGAACAGUCAGGAAGCCAAGUGCGAACCGUAGCAAUAGGUGGCAUCAAUUCCUCAAAUCUACAGCGUGUCCUGUAUCAGUCGGCAUCAGAGGGCAAGCAGCUUGACGGGGUGGCCAUCGUCAGUGCAAUCAUAGCAGCCCAAGAUGCUGAAAAGGCUGCCCGCGAGCUUGCAGAACUUAUACGGACCCCGGCUCCGUUUGCUCUAGCACACUUGCCGCAUGAUCAAAAAAUAAAAGACCUUCGCGAAGUUUUGUUACAGGUUCCAGGUAUUAUAGGAGAUGUUGCUAAGCAGACGCCUCUAUCUCAUAACAUGACAAAUCUCGUGGUUCAAAACUUUGCUGCUAAUGUGGCUCUCGCAAUUGGUGCCAGCCCUAUCAUGGCAAAUUAUGGAGAGGAAGCGGCAGAUCUUGCGAAACUUGGAGGAGGUUUGGUUAUUAACAUGGGAACGGUCACCCCGGAAGGUAUACAGAAUUACUCAAAGGCUCUAAGAGCAUACAAUAACGCAGGAGGACCAAUUGUGCUCGAUCCAGUGGGCUGCGGAGCUACUGCUGUAAGGCGGUCAGCAGUUAAAUCACUUUUAGCAAAUGGUUACUUCGAUGUCAUCAAAGGAAACGAGGGAGAAAUCAAGACUGUAUUCGGAUCACUUAUUCAGCAACGAGGCGUUGACAGCGGCUCAAGUACAUCGAGUCUUGCGGAGAAAGCUACAAUCGUACGUGAUUUAGCAUUGAGGGAGCGCAAUGUAGUACUCAUGACCGGGGCGGUUGAUCUUUUGAGCGACGGAGUACGUACCUUUGCAAUAUCCAAUGGACAUGAAAUCUUGGGCAGAAUCACGGGAAGUGGUUGUGUUUUGGGUACUAUCAUCUCAGCAAUGUUGGCAGUCAGUCGUGGAGAUAAGCUUCUCGCUGUUCUUUCGGCAUUGCUUCACUACGAGAUUGCAGCCGAGGUUGCAGCUGUUCGAGAUGAUGUGAGAGGUCCAGGCACAUUUGUUCCAGCGCUGAUUGAUGAACUUUAUGUUAUACAAAAGGCAAACUCUCAGAAUGAUUUGCGGUGGCUUGAAAGAGCGAGAGUUGAAACCUUUGUGUGGUAA